AUGCGGAAUGCACUUGCGGCCAUUUCGAAAGAGGCUCGAAUUGAUUUCUCAAAACCACUUGAUUGGGCCGGCAUAACCGCCAAACGGAAGGAAAAUGAGAAAAAAAUGGAAGAUAGCAAAGAUCUCUCAUCGGACAACAAACAAGAGGAGACAGGGUCAGGAGAAAAGGAGGAGACAUCGAAAAGCAAAAGGUCACCAGCUGCAGUAGUUUAUUCGUUCGAUGCCAUAAUUAGAUUAGUGAAGCUGAAAGAUAGAUAG